UGCUCCUCCUGACAGUCCUUAUCAUUGUUCCUCUCCUGGAACAAUUUUGUUUCUGCAUUAUCACUCAGAUUAUCUUGACACGUAGUCCUCUCAACUUCAUCUUGAAACUUUCGGUGGUUGUGCUCCGGUGCAGCUGGCAACUCUUAACACCUUCUUUCAAAGAUACAUAUACUAGUCCGACCCGCACCUCACCGUCUCCGCCUCAGCAUGCAGUUGGUCUACUUUCCAUCAUGACUUCUUCUUCCAGGCCUUCACCACAAGCUCAGAUCUACCCUGGGAAAGGGUUGGGGUUUAUAACUCUGGGAGCCUCCCUCCACAAUGUGCUCAGCCGCGUCAAGUCCCAUCCCCAGACGUACCCCGCAAUAGAUAUCGCAUAUUCGUCCUCGGAACCUCUACGGAAACCCGUCACUCUACAACUUCCAUCCAGCGGUCUCCGCCUGCGGUUUGAUGGUCCAGAUCAGAGGUUGCGGCUGAUUGAAGUGCUUGACUUCUCCAAGAUCACACUCGUCUACAAAAACCAGGAGGUGCUGAAAGGUAUCAAACUGCAAGAGCCAUCCGUCCCGCAGCAGGGGCCCAACUUUCGACACAUUUAUAAUCGUUUGUUUGGUCCCUCGUAUCCUGGAGAAUACAUCCCUCCCGACAGCCCCCAAUCGCCGUAUGGUACCUACGUGCUAUCCUAUCCCGGCGUCGCAUUCUCCUUCCCGCUUCAGAACUCAGCAUGGUCGGACCAGUGUGACUUUGUAGCAUUACUUUCUUCAUCGGCUGCAUUACCCGCAACCUCGAUGUCCAUUUUCCAAGGAUCCUCAUGGCCAGAAGCUCGGAACAAAUUGUUUACACAGCAGCCCCAGUACCCCCGUUCCCCAGCGCUGGUCGGUAAAAGCAGGGAGGUCGUGCCGGAUGAGAUCGAGGAGUUUCUAAUCUUCGGAGCUGGCAAGAUCGAGGCAAUCCGACGAUCAUCACCGCCGGCUCAGAUAACGUUGUCAGAAACCACCCCGCAGGAUCUGAUUGCCGAGUUCGGGCCGCCGGAUGCAAUAUACCGUAAGAACGAUCGCAGAAUAGCUAUCCAUCGCGCCGCAGGCCGUAGCGCUGGAGAGGACUCUCUGCACAUGGGCCCAUCUUCCGGUCGCGGAAUCGAUGUCACAGACCUUGAUCAUUCGUCUAACAACAGUGUGACCGACGACUCGGAUGACGAGAUUACCCAGGCUCCCUCGCUGGAUCCUUCCUCUCUUCCGAGCGAAUGCUUCUUCAAUUACUUUCAUCAUGGCUUUGAUGCCUUCAUCUCGUACCCAACCGCAUCUGGCCCUGCCUUCCCUGGAUCUGACCUCCCGGAUCCGACCCCGCCUUCGCCGUCUUCCCAACUGGUGGUGACCAAGAUAAUCCUGCAUGGAAACGUGCCAGGCUCGUAUCCGUUCAACCGGCACCGUCGCAGUCGCUGGAAAAUCAUCCACAACCCAUCCGCCGACGCCCUCACAUCUGAGACUCGCUACGAAGAGAUCUCGGAGCAACUGCGUUCAGUCUGGAAGGGUGCCUAUGCAAAUGCCGCGGAGGAGCGUGCUCUGCAAAGACCCAUGAUCUUGAACCGUGGCUGGGGCGAUAGUCCGGAAAGCAGUGUCGAGUUCCUGGGCGGAUGGGAAGAAAGCACCGGUAAGGGACAGAGGACCGGGCAAGAGGCCCAUGAUGGAGGUUUAGGGAACACAGAGCUGUUUGGUUUUCCGGGCCUUUUGUUUGAGGUUAUGAAGAACGGGGCAGUGAGCUGCCUGACAUUUAUGGCGGAAUUGCCACGGACGCUCGCUCGGUCCUGGUCGUCGACGCUCAAGCUCCCCAAGUCGACGUUCCCCGCCCGCGUGACGCCGGCCGACCAGGCCAAAUACCUGCGCCGAUGCACCGACGACCUCUACGCCUGGCAAGAGCGUGAGCGCCCGGCCGACCGGCCGUUUGUGCUCCACGAUGGACCGCCCUACGCGAACGGCGAAUUGCACGUCGGCCACGCGCUGAACAAGAUCACCAAGGAUAUCAUCUGCCGCACGCAACUGGGGCUGGGGCGGCGGGUGCGCUAUGUGCCGGGCUGGGACUGCCACGGGCUGCCCAUCGAGCUCAAGGCCCUCGAGGCGCAGAAGGAGCUUCAGAACGCGGACGGGACGACCGCCGUCAGCGCGGCGGUGAUCCGCAAGGCGGCCCGCAAGCUGGCGGACAAGACGGUCAAGGCCCAGAUGAAGGGCUUCCGGAGCUUCGCGGUCAUGGCCGACUGGGCCAACCACUGGAAAACGAUGGACCGGGCCUUCGAGAAGCGACAGCUCGGCAUCUUUCGCGCGAUGGUCGAGAAGGGGCUCAUCUAUCGGCGCUUCAAGCCGGUCUACUGGUCCCCGUCGACGGGCACGGCCCUGGCCGAGGCGGAAUUGGAAUACAAGGAGGACCAUGUGUCGACCGCGGCGUUGGUCAGGUUCCCGCUCGCGCGGAUCCCGGCGCAUCUCGCCCAGGAUCCGUUGCUCCAGGGGAAGGAAAUCAGCGCGGUGAUCUGGACGACGACGCCGUGGACGCUCCCGGCGAACGCCGCGAUCGCGGUCCACGAGGCCCUCGAGUACACGAUCGUCGAGUCGGAGACGCACGGCCACCUGCUCAUCGCGCAAUCUCGCUUGGAAUACUUGGAAAGCGCUCUGAAGGAGGAUCUGUCGGUCAUCGUACCGGCGAUCCUCGGUUCUCAGCUGGCGGAUCAGACUACGUAUCGACCUCUGUUCAAGGGAGCGGCUGCGGAGGCGCAGCCGAUCAUCGCGGCGGAGUUUGUGACCGCGGACUCUGGGUCUGGACUGGUUCACUGCGCUCCGGGUCACGGUAUGGAAGACUACGAAGCCUGUCUCUCUCGUGGGAUCUCUGCUUUCGCGCCCGUGGACGAUCAUGGCAGGUUCACCGACAAGGCGAUGCCCGUGGAUCCCGAACGGCUCCGCGGGAAAAGCGUCCUCGACGAGGGUAACGCGGCAGUGCUGGAAUAUGUCGAAUUUCAAGGUCAACUUCUCACGCAGCAUAAGUACGAGCACAAAUAUCCGUACGACUGGAGGUCUAAGCGCCCGAUCAUCAUCCGAGCUACCGAACAGUGGUUUGCUGACGUGGCCGACAUUCGCGGCCAUGCUUUGGAAGCGCUGAACGACGUGAACUUUGUUCCGAGUUCCGGUCGGCAGCGCUUGGAGAACUUCGUCAAAAACCGCAGCGAAUGGUGCAUUUCUCGUCAACGUGCCUGGGGCGUCCCCAUCCCUGCUCUCUAUCACCGGGGCACUGGCGAGGCCGUGCUCACGAAGGAUAGCGUGACUCAUAUCAUGAAGGUGAUUGAGGCGCGUGGCAUUGACGCAUGGUGGACGGAUGAAGCCAACGAUGACGCGUGGGUUCCAUUAUCGCUCCAGGACGCAUCUGGUCCGGGCUAUCGACGAGGAACCGACACGAUGGAUGUGUGGUUUGACAGUGGCACCAGCUGGUCCGAAGUGGAUGUUCCUUACCGUGAGGAUGGCCGCCCGGCAGACGUGUACUUUGAAGGUAGUGACCAGCACCGAGGCUGGUUCCAGUCCGGGCUUCUCACCUUCGUCGCUCAUCAGCUUGCCUUGGGACAGACCGCUUCCCCGCGUGCGCCUUUCAAGCACCUCAUCACCCACGGAUUCACCCUGGAUGAAGAAGGCCGCAAGAUGAGCAAGUCUAUUGGCAAUGUGAUGCUGCCGCAUUCGAUCAUGGACGGAUCGCUUUUGCCACCCUUGAAGCCGAGAAAAGGCAAGGGGAAGAAGCAAGCCGAAAACCAGGCUCCGGUGUACGACGCCCUUGGGCCGGAUGCUCUCCGCAUGUGGGCAGCCAGCAGUGACUACACGCGCGACGUAGUGAUCGGAAAGCAGGUGCUUCAAACCGUGCACACCAGCCUACACAAAUACCGCGUGACUUUCAAGCUCCUGCUGGGUGCUUUAGCUGAUUUCCGCCCCGAGCAUUGUAUUCCAUACGAUGAGCUGCUACAAGUGGACCGCAUCGCCUUGAAGCAGUUGUCUGAGAUGGUUCUGAGCUGCCAGAAGGCCGGCCAGAACUUUGAAUUCUACAAGGCCGUGAACGCGAUCAACCGCUGGGCCAAUCAGGAGUUCUCUGCCUUCUACAUGGAGGCUAUCAAGGAUCGUCUCUACACCUACGGCGAGAAUAGCGCGAGCCGGCGUGCUGCGCAGACGACGCUGUUCCACAUCUACCGACAUCUCCAGGAAGUCCUGGCGCCCAUCACCCCCAUGCUUGUGGAGGAGACGUGGGAGCACACCCCUGAGGCGAUCAAGACGCAGAGCCAGCAUCCUCUGCAGCGCAUUGUCUCAGCCCCGGCUGCGGAAUGGCAGAACGCGGGUCUCGAAUCCGACUACCAGGAGCUUGUCGCCGUCAACUCCGUGGUCAAGGCGGUCCAGGAAAAGGCCCGCGGCCAGAAGCAGCUGGGCUCCUCUCUCCAGUCGUUUGUGCACAUUGUUCUUCCCGAAGACGCGACGCCCGCGUCGGUGUUCCACCGGGAUCUGACCGAAUUGCCCGAUUUGUUUGUGGUGUCGUCCGUCAGCCUCGGUGUUCAUGGGGAGCCGAUCCCCGAAUCGAUCGCGCAGGCGGAAUGGCAGUACAGUGAAGGAUACGAGCUCCCCAGCGGAGCCAAGGGAACGGUGUAUGUGUACAGUCCGCAGGCGGGUAAAUGUCCUCGGUGCUGGCGCUAUGUGGUUGCGGAGAGUGACGCGGCGGAAGAGACGGUGUGCGGUCGCUGCGAGGGAGUCGUGCAAGAACUGGACGCUGCAGCUGCAGCUGCAGCUGCGACUGUUGAAGUGUGAGUGGUCAUUCCUGGAUUCCUGGAUUCCUGGAUUCCUGCAGUGGAUUCCUGUAUUAUAAGUUACUGUGUAGUUAGUUUAAUUUUAGCA